GCCAUGAACCUCAUUCUGCUGCCAUUUUUCUUCGCAAGGAUGGCUUUAGGCUCUCUUGUUCCAGAAGAAGUGGAAGCUUUGAGAGACAUAGGGAGGACGCUGGGGAAGAAGGACUGGAACUUCAGCGGCGAUCCAUGCAGCAGAGGACUCAGUGGAUGGAACGUCGACUGUUCGGUGGGAAAUACCGGCGGCCACAUCAUUAGCAUCAAUCUACGAGAAGGGAGUCUUCAAGGAACUCUACCGCCGGAGCUAGUUAGGUUGCCGUACCUUCAAGACCUGGACCUUACACGCAAUUACCUCAGCGGCAUAAUCCCUCCAGAAUGGGGCUCUAUGAAACUUGUUAAAAUCAUCCUCCUCGCCAACCGUUUAACGGGUUCAAUCCCAGCAGAGCUGGCAAACAUUUCCACUCUCGAGAUUUUAAACAUUGGUUUCAAUCAAUUUUCGGGAAAUCUUCCUACUGAGCUUGGGAAACUACCUCGGCUUCAAAGACUGCAUCUUGCUUCAAACAAUUUUACUGGGCAAAUACCUGCAACAUUCGCUGGGCUAACCAACUUGACUCACUUUCGAAUCAGUGACAACAAAUUCUCCGGAAAGAUACCCGAUUUCAUUGGGAACUGGAAGACUCUCCGCAUGCUAGCAAUUGUGGCGAGUGGCUUGAGCGGGCCUAUUCCUGCUGGACUUUCUCUUUUAGUAAACUUAGUUGAUCUGAGAAUUAGCAAUUUAAAUGGACCCGAUUCAAAUUUUCCACAACUUGAUAAUAUGACAAAGUUGGAAACAAUCAUAUUGAGGAGCUGCAACAUUGUUGGAUCUCUUCGACUUGACUUUACCGAGAGCAUGUCUUAUUUGCUUGUGUUGGACCUCAGCUUUAACAAAUUGAGUGGAGAAAUGCCAUCCAGCUUCACACGUCAAUCACAAGUGAAAUUCUUAUAUUUGUCAGGAAACAUGCUAAGUGGACCAGUGCCUGAUUGGUCAAUAAGAAGUGAAAACAAUGUAGACCUUUCUUACAACAACUUCAGCAUCAGCAACUUGAAGCCUUCACUUUGUACACAACAGAAUGUGAAUUUAUUCGCAAAUCCUUUGGGAGGAAACAAGUCCGGACUCAUCCCAUGCUCCAGAGUGUGUCCUAAAGCUUACUAUUCGUUCCGCAUAAAUUGUGGUGGAAAGGAAGUAUAUGUUGGAGGGAAAAAAUACGACGAAGACCUUAUCGAGGGACAGGCAUCUCAAUUGUUCGUGAGUGAAAGAUCAAACUGGGCAUUCAGUAACACUGGUCACUUCAUUGAUGAUGAUCAACGUCUCUCAAAAUCUUACAUUGCGGAUAAUGAUAAUAAUAAUUCAGGACUACUCUUUAUGCCGAAUUCUGAACUUUACACAAAUGCACGCCUCUCCCCCAUUUCUCUGACUUACUAUGGUUUUUGUCUGGAGAAUGGUAACUACACAGUAAACCUUCAUUUUGCUGAGAUAAUGUUUACUGCUGAUAAAAGCUUCAGGCGCUUGGGAAGACGAGUAUUUGAUGUUUACAUUCAGGGAAAAUUGGUGCAGAAGGAUUUCAAUAUUGCAGAUGCAGCAGGAGCUGGUAAGGCGAUCACAAGAAAUCACACUGUUGUAGUUAACAAGAACGAUUUGGAGAUUCGCUUAUAUUGGGCUGGGAAAGGGACAGCCAGUGUUCCUGAUAGAGCGGUAUAUGGCCCUCUCAUAUCAGCAAUUUCUGUGGAUGCAGGUGUCUCGUAUUGCUUAAUAAAUUAUAUUUUCUUGUCAAUCACUAAAUUCUGUGAUAUACUCUGUAGACGGUAUACGUCAUCUUUGAUGUUUAUGUUACCAGAUUUUGCAAUCCCCUCGCAUAGUCGAGGUCGUCUACCUUUAGGAGUUGUUAUUGCAAUUGUGGUUGUAGGGGCAAUUAUGAUUGGCUUGGCUAUGCUUUGCUGGAUAUACUUUGCAAAGGAAAAAAGUACACUUGAUCAAAAAGCUUUGGACAUGCGAACUGGUUCCUUUACCUUGCGGGAAAUUAUGGCAGCCACAAACAACUUCGACGAUGGCAAUAAGAUUGGAGAAGGAGGUUUUGGUCCUGUUUACAAGGGCUUCUUGUCAGAUGGAACCGUGAUAGCCGUCAAGCAACUCUCUUCUAGAUCACGUCAAGGGAAUCGUGAGUUCUUAAAUGAGAUAGGGAUGAUUUCUGCUUUGCAGAACCCUCAUCUUGUUAAGCUUUAUGGAUGCUGUGUUGAGGAAAGUCAACUACUUCUGAUAUAUGAGUACAUGGAAAACAAUAGCCUUGCCCGUGCUUUAUUUGGCCUAGAAAAUUGCUGGCUAGAGCUGGAUUGGUCCACAAGAAAAAAUAUUUGCAUUGGUAUAGCCAAAGGUUUGGCUUUUCUGCAUGAAGAAUCAAGACUGAAAAUUAUUCAUAGAGACAUUAAGGCCACUAAUGUUCUACUUGAUAAAGAUCUUAAUCCCAAGAUUUCUGACUUUGGUUUGGCCAAGCUUUAUGAAGAGGACAACACACACAUUAGCACCAAAAUUGCUGGAACUCGUGGUUAUAUGGCCCCUGAAUACGCAAUGCAUGGAUAUUUGACCAAGAAAGCAGAUGUUUAUAGUUUUGGAAUUGUACUUCUAGAAAUCAUCAGCGGCAAAACCAAUACCACUCAACUGUCAGUGGAAGAAUGUUUUUAUUUGCGCGAUUGGGCACAUCAUUUGAAAGGAGGUAAUCUGAUGGAUCUGGUGGAUCCAAGGUUGGGUGAGGACUUUAACAGAGAGGAAAUAAUGGUUGUGAUUGAUGUGGCUCUCCAAUGCACUGAAAACUCUCCAAGACUACGGCCUAUCAUGUCCAAAGUGCUUAACAUUCUUGAAGGCAGGCCUUUUGUUGGAGAGGUAGUCUCAGAUGAUGAGAGUGAGAUUAUGGAUGGCGACUUGAAAUUGGAUUGGACGAAGAAAGAAGAAGCUGAUGAAGAUGAAACCCAGGCGGUAAUUUUGUCAAGCCAUCGGUCUCAUACUACAUAUAAAUCUUUUUCUCAAACGAAAUAGGGCGCCAUCAUCUUCUUCAGGCUGGGAGAGACUAUCGGACUGUUUUAAGGUAGAAAGGAGAGAUCGCUGUCAACUUUGGGAGCAUGCCAUUCUGCAGCAACCGGUCCUCGUCUUCUUCAAACAGCAAAAAUCGUGGAUUAUUUCUCUUGAAUCGAAUAAUAAGAGAGAUCUCAACUUUGUUGCUUCUAUUGCUGAUUUAUUCAAAGGAAACCAUGGGAACCAAAGUGGCAACCGUGGGUUAUCUUCUUCAGAGAGAGAAUACAUGACUAGACAUUCUUCUUCCCCAACCAUGAUAGUGCCCAAUGUAGUUACUAUCAUGAGCAUUUUGGUUUUUAGUAAAUGCCAUCAGUAUAGUUGUUAAACCCAUUAAAAGUGUUGCUAAUCAUAUUACUAUCCAAUGUUCAAUGAAAUCAUGCAAUAGGUCGUUUU